AUGAAGCUUUACCCUUCCAUUUCCGAGGACCUUGCCGACUGGGUGCAGAAGCAGCCUGUAUUCUUUACAGGUUCAGCUCCGACCCAGGGCUCUCAUAUCAAUGUCUCUCCCAAAGGCGCAGACGCACAUUUCGCUGUCCUAACACCCAAUACCUGUGCCUAUAUCGACCGCACUGGCUCCGGAUGUGAGACCAUUGCCCACUCAUAUGACAAUGGCCGCCUGUGUUUGAUGUUUAUGAGUUUCGGUCCCGCUCCUCGGAUUGUUAGGUUCUUCUGUCGGUCUAGGAUUGUCGAGUGGGAUGACCCAUCGUUCCCUACUCUAGUCCGCACCAUCUCCAGGAACAAGCGAGAUUUUGAUGGCGCCAGAGCAGUCAUCCUGGCAGAUGUGUUUGAAGUCCAGACAAGCUGCGGCUUCGGUGUUCCUCGGGUGAAAAGAGGUAUAUACGCACCCGAGGAGGCCUCUCAGAAGGACUUGUCUCUCGAACAAAUUCUUCAAGAGGGUGUGGUUGGUAAAGUAAAUGAGCUGGCUGUGUUUGAGGAGCGGCCUACCAUGGAUGUGUGGGCAGGAAAGCAAGUUGAAGCCAAUACGAUGUUGGAUUACCAUAAGCAAACCAACGUGCUGAGCAUGGAUGGUUUGCCUGGGCUUAGAGCUGCUCGUCGGAGCGUGGGAGAGACGCUAUGGUUUACGGACGCGAAGGCGCGUGCAAGGAAGGUUUUUGCUCAAAGCGAAGCGAUUGCAGUUGGAUUUGUUCUAGCAUUGUUGUUGUACGUUGUCAUGUUUUCAGUGGGAGCGAUUUCAGCGACUUGGCCAAGGAUUCUGGCUUGA